GAAAUCACGAAGCCUCCGCGCGACCCCGGAACUAUCCGUGUAGAAUUCCUGGUGUCUCGAAUUCGGAUGCGCGCAACAGUCAGCUUUCUCACGUGAAAUUUGCGUUUGCCGUUUUUCCUUCCGUGCACCCUUUCAUCCGAGAUUUUGUUACCGGACAAUUACUCUUAGUCUCGUACUUGAAAGUUGGAAUUCAUUUCCCUUGCUGGUGUAUCCAACUACUACCAUGAUUCAGUACGAUCGUUCGCCCUUCGGCAUAUCGACGCUCUGUCGCAUGCACGGGAGUGCUGUGUACCGAGCAACGAUUCCAGGCUUUGCCUCGGUGAUCUUCAUUGUUCUCAUUCACGAGCUUUGGUUGGAACGUCCUAUUUACCAGGAGAAGGACAACGAGCUAGGUCAUCCCUACGCCAUUGGUGUUUUGGUUGGCACCAUUACCUUUCUACUCGUCUUUCGCACUCAACAAGCCUACGCACGGUACUGGGAGGCAUGCUCGUCCGUCUACCAGAUGAUGAGCAAAUGGAUGGACGCCUCUAGUCACACGGCCGUCUAUCAUUUACAGUGCGAUCACUACGACCACAUCAGACCGCCUUCCUUUUACGAUUAUCCCCACUUGAAUGCCGAGUUUCUCACGAGAGACCGCGAAACUCACGAUCCCAAUUCAACGGGCGUGAUGGAGUCGAUGCGCAUGCAAAAGCGGGCGACGACCAAAUCGAUCGAACAAAUCGAAACUUGCCGACUCGCCCCUGCCAAGCCGAAAAGAAAGGUUUGGGAAAGACGAUCUUCGGAUACCAAAUCCGAGAGUUCCAGUCGAGGAGAGGAUACGCCCGUUCCGUUGGAAUCAGACCCGCGUCUAGACGGCAACUGGGGAGCGCUCUUCGACGACAAUCGUGCUACGUUCUUCGAUCCCAAAUUCCCCGACAGUAUUGAUAAAGCUGGCUUUGCAAGUUCGCAAGGCGGAAACACUCCACCACUCUUUCUCCAAGAACUGGCUCACUUAACUUCACUGUUGACCGGCGUUGCCUUGGCCACGCUCCGCAACGAUAUCGAAGGCGCCGAGUCACCCUUGGACAUUUAUGAAGCGGGAUCGCCCUGGCCAGAAGUAGAUCCGGACAAGAUGGCCGACGCCACAUUCUUCGGCGCAGGCUUUACCGCCAUGAAGAUUUCCAAUUUCAUCGGCAUCGGUCGCACUCCCGAGGAACGCACCCGUUACAACGCCUCGCGCCCGCUGGCCGUCCUUGGUGGUGUCUCCGCCGCAGAAAUUCGAUUUCUGCAAAUGGCUCGAGGCCCCUACGCCAAAACACAGCUGUGCUGGUCCUGGCUCUCGGAAUUCAUCACUCGAGAGCAUUUGGCUGGUUCCACCGGGAAUGUUGGACCGCCCAUUAUCAGUCGUAUCAUUCAGUUUCUGGGCGACGGGAUGAUCUACUACAACCACGCGCGAAAAAUCACGUUUAUUCCGUUUCCGUUCCCUCACGCCCAGCUUUCCGUAGUCUACGUGUUGGUCACAGUUCCGGCAGUGGCCUUUCUAAUGGAUCAGUACACGGAAAAGCUCUGGGUGGGUUGCAUUUUGACCUUUUUGACCGUGACCGCAUUGGCGGGUAUUCACGAAGUCGCCCGAGAAUUGGAAAAUCCGUUUAGGAAUGUCCCCAACGAGCUCCCUCUAGUGACGAUGCAAGCGCAGUUCAACGAAGCUCUCUUGACCAUGUAUGCCGGCUUUCACCCGGACAACUUCUGGAAGGAGGACGCCGAUCGCUACUCGAAAAAGAAGAAGCGGACGACUGCAAAAAAAUGUGUGCAAAGCAAUGGCGUCAAUUCGUCGGAAUCGUGUCCACGACAGGCCCCAGAAGGGGAGGCACCGGAGACGAGGACAAACCAUGAAAAGUCUCUGGACGCAAAGAUACAGGAAUUGCUGGAGAAAAUCGAUCAGCAAGGGUCGGAACUUGCUAGAUUACGGGCGACGGUGGUUUCCGGCAUAAAAGAUCCCGAGAGUCAGCCGGUGGAAUAUCACCGGCAGGCGGAGGAGCAAAUGAUUAGUAUUGCCUCUGCUAUCGUUUACCAAUGGCAUCUAAAAGUGCUCGGAAUGGAAAUUUUCAGAACAUCUUUUGCCAAUCUCGGGAAGCAUUUCUGGGCUACUGCAACGGGCCUAUUUCUGGCGCUAAGCGGUAUGGCAUCUUUGUUCCACGAAGGGCAAAUUAUUUUCAGUUUAAGUAGUGAUAGCCCCUUCGCUGCGACACACGGCGUCGAUGAGCUUCAUCCAACUUCAGCAAUAUCUGAGAUGAGGUCUGCUUCUGAUAGACAAAUGCAACAAAAUAAGACGGAGACUGAGCUCUUGGUUUCAUACAGAAACAGGUUCGAAGUAGUACCUGAAAUCACUCGACCUUUAGUGGAAACAAUCCCUGGCGAUUCGACGGCACCGACCAGCCGUGCUUUCAACACAAGUCAAGCGGACCGGGCUGAUAUAAAAGAAGAACCAGGUCGAAAGCAAAAUUGGAGUCGCAUGAUCAUACCCUGGCCUGUUUUUGUUUUAAGUUUACCGAAAUCUGGGACAUCCUCGAUCUCGAGUUAUUUCAACUGUGGACUAAAGCAUAGGCAGUCUGCUCAUCAUUGGGGGAAGAUGAACAGUGGAAAACAAAAUAAAUUGGGAUUUUGUUUUCUGGAUAACGUCAGGGGCAACAGGCCAAUGCUAAAUGGCUGUGGAAAGUACAAGGUCUGGGUGGAUGCCGGGGUGCCGUCCAGUCGGGGGAAAUGUUUCUACCCCGGGAUGCAUGGUCUUGACAACAUUGUAACUAAUUAUCCUAACGCAACCAUAGUCCUCUCCACGAGGGAAGCCCUGAACUGGGUGCGCUCUGUCAGAAAGUACGCGGGAGGAACCCUGAUGGACAAGUGGCAACGGAACUGUCCCGACUUUCCAAACGCAAACUCGACAGAGUUGGAGUGGGCGGUCUUCUACGAUGGCUACAACGAUUCCAUCCGGAAAUUUUCUAUUGCGAAUCCGUCUCUCACAUUGGUUGAAGUCAACCUAGAAAGCAGCUUAGCCCCAAGUGUGCUCAAAGAAAAAGCUGUGAAAAACUGAAUGAUACCUUUCCAGUCGGAAUCCAUAGCGCGACUAGAGAUACAUCAGUACAUUCGGUGGAUGGAGCCAAUUAAUCAAGACUUCCAA